AUGGCGCACCUCAACGUCAAGCCGGACCCGGCCUACCUGAAGCUGCAGGCGAUGCAGAAGAACCGCGUGCAGUACUUCCGAUGGACGCCAAAGAACGCCCGCAUCACUCUGAUGUAUGUUGCGGUCGUCCCCGCCAUCAUGGGCUACAUUGCCUAUAAGACAGACGGCCUCUGGGAUUUACGAGCGAAGAGAAAAGGCGACACGGCGUGGGAGAAAUAA